AUGGAGAAUGAAGACCCCUCAAGGUCAUUCUGGUUUAUAGUCACCGGCCAAUAUCUUGCAAUCAACUAUAACGGCAAUGACUUUGAGAUACGCAGGGCUCAUCACGGCAGUGGCUCUAUAUUUUAUCUCUCCGAUGACGAAGAACAAAUAAUCCAUCAGAACACUUAUAUUGGGACCCUUUCCACCCAUCCAAACUACGAGGAUGAUGUAUUCUACAUCUCAAAGGACACGCAGUACCUAACCAAGGAUGCAAAAUGGACAGACAACAUUGAAGAAGCCGUCGAAGUUCAAAUCGAACCCGUAGAAGACUACGGUGACGCCGAAGUACCUCUUCCCCCAGAAAUCUCCAAUCCAAUCAUCGACGAAAACAAUCCUAUCUCUGCGAAUGGAAUUGAUCUCUAUCUUCCUGAUAAAUGGUUCUCGUUAUACGCUAUCACCGGAGACUCACUUUGGCUAGGUGAUGCCUCGGAGUUUGAAGAUAAGCUGUGCUUUACGGGAAAUCCGUACAAUUUCGGGAUGCCUUUUCAGCUCUCGAAACAUGAAGGGAAAACGCGGAUUCUUUGUGGGAAUAACAAGUAUUUGACUGUUAUGAUGGAGGAUGAAGUUGCCGAGUACCUGGAUGAGGCGUGUAAGCGGCAUACGAGGUCUACGAGAUGCUCCAGGUGCAUGAUAUGCUGGUCUGUUGGAUUUAGCUCUGAGCCGGAUGAGUGCUUUUCUUUGGUGCCGAAGGGCUUGCCGAGUAUGUUUGCUUUGUAUGAUGGGCUUUGCUAUUAUCGGUUCAGUGUUCUUAAGGGUAGUUAUGCGGAGUUGGAGCGUGUUGAGAGCAUCGAUAGCGCUACUCAGUUUCAGUUUGUUGGGUAA